CGGCGGAGCCAUUUCCGACAGGGCGGCGGCGCGGGGCCGUGCGGGAUUGUUCGGGGCUGCGGGGCUCUGAGGGACCGCCUGAGGCCGAGGGACUGCGCGGAGCUGAGGAGCUGCGCGGAGCCGAGCGGGGCCGAGGGGCAGCGGGCCAUGGUGCCCAGCAAAGGCCGCCCCGGCCGGGGCCCGCGGGCCGCGCCCGCAGCGGUUAAUAAUUGUGGUCUCCAGCUGGUCAUCCAGACCUCGUCAAUACCAGAAAAAGCCAAACCAUUUGAAUUCAGGAUAAAUAAAGAACAGUCAUCUUUCCACAACAGACUUCUGCAGCAUGAUCUGGAAAGAAACUACUCAGGAAGACAAGAUAACACGAAUUUUGGGAGCAGUUCAUCAAUAACAUUUCCUGUAUUGCAACGUACUGCUGAAGAAAAAAUUCUGAACUCAGAUAGACUUACCCUGGAAAGGCAAAAACUGACAGUGUGCCCAAUUAUUGAUGGGGAAGAUCACCUUCGUCUUUUGAAUUUCCAGCAUAACUUUAUAACUCGUAUCCAAAAUAUUUCUAAUCUCCACCAUCUUGUUUUCUUAGAUUUAUAUGAUAAUCAGAUUGAAGAGAUAAGUGGGGUUUCAACUUUGAGAUCCCUGAGAGUCCUUCUGUUGGGAAAGAACAGAAUAAAGAAAAUUUCAAAUCUGGAGAACCUAAAAAACCUUGAUGUUUUAGAUCUUCAUGGAAAUCAGAUUGCCAAAAUAGAAAACAUCAGCCAUUUAAGUGAACUGAGAGUGUUAAACCUUGCCAGAAACCUGCUAACUGUUGUAGAAAACCUGAAUGGACUGGAUUCACUCACAGAGCUCAACCUCCGUCAUAAUCAAGUCUCUGCUAUAGUUUGUGUCCUCUGGUUUCAGGUUGGAGUAUGGCCACUGUUAGAUGUGGAUACUUUACCCUGUCUCCAGCGUCUCUUCCUCAGCUUCAACAAUAUAUCUAGUUUUGAGGAUAUUCUGUGCCUUGCUGAUUCCUCAUCCUUGUCAGAUAUCACCCUUGAUGGCAAUCCAAUAGCUCAGGAGACAUGGUACAAACACACUGUUCUCCAUCAUAUGAUGCAGCUCCGACAGCUAGAUAUGAAGAGAAUCACAGAAGAAGAAAGACGUAUGGCAUCUAUUGCAGCAAGGAAAGAGGAAGAAAGGAAGCGUGAAAGCCAUAGACAGACCUUGCUUAAGGAAAAGAAGCGGUUAACGAUUGGUAACAUUGCUCGGCAAUGGGAGAUCCAGCAGAACCGAACUGCUCUUGAGGCUUCUUUAAACAAAGAUAAAGAAAAUGAGCCCUGCCAGAUCAAUGGCAGUGCUGCAUAUGUAUUUCCUGAAGAAAGCAGAUCUCUUGAUACAAUCCUGAGCAGUGCAGUACAAGGCUUGUCUGUUCUAGAGUCUCAUUUAGUGGAAGUGGAAGGAGACACUCUUGGCUUGUAUGGUGCUGGAGCACUGGAGUGCCUGGAUCGAAACUGGAGUGUUCAAACAGCUGGCAUUAUUGCCACAGUCUCCUUUAUGUUCAUAGAAUUUGAUGAAAUUGUUCAAGUAUUAGCAAAACUGAAGACAAAAUUUCCUAAUUGUGUGCACCUGAAGUUUAAGGAGACAAAUCUUGUGGCGCUGCAGCAGUUCAAUGCAUUGGCUGAAAUGCAUCGCAUGGAACAGUUGACAGUUGAUCCUCAGGGAAAUCCAGUUGUCAACUUAACUUUGUGGAAAUACUAUGUUCUGUUCAGACUGAACCAUUUUAAUCUACAGAAGAUAAAUGGAGUGAAGGUUACUGAAAAUGAUAUUUUAAAGGCAGAAAGGCUCUUUGGCAUUCUGGCAUAUGUGGCAUCUUCAGAGUUGCCACAUUAUCGCAUGCUUUCAUUAUUUGGAGAAUCCAGGAGGAAGCAAUUCCAUUAUCUGCUGGAGGGAAAGGGAAAGAAAUCUGGGGUUGGGAGUGAGGAAAGUAGUGAUACCAGAAGAAGCGGAGGGGAAAGCACAGCUCGAGCAACGUUGAAUUACAUGACAAAGGAUUUUCAUAUGGAAAAGCUUGAGGAAAUCAAAGAAAGAAAAACAUUUUGUCAGACAUACAUUGAGAGCUUAGUGGAAGAAGCAGCUGACAUCAAUAUGAAAAAUGAGUCGUUGCAGAAGCUCUGGCCUCAGAUGUUCAUUGAACUUGUCAGAGAUGCAGUGAUAGAAAUACGCAAUAAAAACUCCUACAUGAAGCUCUGCCUUCAGCGGAUCAUGGAUCAGAAAGAGUAGAGUCGAGGCGCGCUGUCUUGCAGGCUUUUGGUUCACUAUUCUCUCAUGUUUUACAAACAUAAACCAAUAGAAUAUAAAAUUAUCAUCACUAGGGCAUACUUCACUUCCUCCCCCAAAGGGAUGCCUUUAAAUCUUAAUUAACUCUUAAUAAUUUCAAGGUAAAAGUUUACUUUCAUACUGCUUUACCAAUGCUUCCUUGGCUAACUAAAGUGAUAACACUGAAAUGACUUGGUGAUUUUUUUUGCUAGGUUUUGUUUAUUUUUUUCUGCUACCCUUGAUUCUGUAGUACUACAGCAUUGAUUUUUAAAGAAAAAAUCAAUUUACAAAGCUCGCCUUAUUUUUAUUGAAUACUUCUCAAUUGUCACUUUUUUGACUGCUGCUGUUUAAAAAACCCAAGAGGAGUAGCUAAUUUUUUAUGAUCAGAAGCUAAUAAAUUAUUUUUACACCCUGAACUCCAUGAAGACUUAUUAUUCUUGUUUAAUUUGUCAUUUAUAGAACACUUUUUCACAUGAGAGUGCUCAGAAUAUUGACAUUUAAUCAGCCUAAUUCUCAACUGAACAAAUUGCCCAAACUUAAUUUCAAUUUUUUUUCAUUAAUAUUACUGAUAAGGUUGUGUGAAUCAUUAUAGGUAAAAUAUUAUUCCAAGAUAUACUGACUUGAGCUUUAUUUUUAUUUUGUUAAAAUAUAUUAAUAUAAUUUAUUUUGUUUCUUGAUUACUAACUUAUUUACUUCUGAGGUUUGCCAAGAUUAAAUGAGCUAAACUGCAUGCAUUACAUUUGGUAGGGAAACUUAUAAAUACUAUUCAGAUGUAAUUCAUUUCUGUGACUAUGUGAAAAUUUCAUAUUAUCAAUAAAAAUAAAUUCUCCACUUUUACCUUUCA